UCCCGCUCCGCGCCGGCAGCGCAGCGGCCAUGGGGGCGCGGCUGGGUCGGCGGACCGGACCCGAGGCGGCCUCGGAAGCCGGGGCGGCGGCGGGGUGCGGGCCCGCGCCCUAUGAGCGCCGGGUGCGCUGGCUCCGCGAGAUCCAGUCCACGCUCCGCGAGCGGCGGCCCGAGCGCGCGCGGCAGCUGCUGCGCCUCCUGCGCCAGGACCUGGGCCUCGAGGGGACCCUCCUCACCGACAUCCUCUAUAGGAAUGUGGCCUUCCUCAAUCUGGUGGACCCUAUCUCCCAUGACCUGCUCGUGAACCUGGCCCGUGACCUGCAGUGCCCCAAGACGGACUAUGAGCUCUGGAAGUCCUCGGACAAGAUCUGCCGACAGCUCAUCUACCACCUCACCCCUCACUCCAAGCGGCAGCGAGGAUCCAGCCUGCUCCAGAGGAAGACCCAGAGCUGCCUCAAGAGCAGCCUCCAGGUGACUCAGCUGGCUGGGGAGACCGUGAACCUGUCGGGGAUUCCACUGUCGGCGCGGGAUGUGCAGCACAUUGUGCGCUACCUGGGAAACCAGGGAGCCGGGCUCACGGUGCUGGACCUGAGCUUCACGGGGCUCAGUGAUGAGUUUCUGCGCCUGCUGCUACCCAGCCUCUGGACGCUGCCCCGCCUCACCCAGCUCCUGCUCAACGGCAACAGGCUGACGAGGGCCACUGCCCGUGAGCUCACUGAGGCCGUCAAGGACUCCACCAAGUUCCCCGCGCUGGCCUGGGUAGACCUGGGCAACAAUGUGGACGUGGCCUCCUUGCCCCAGCCCCUGCUGGUCGGCCUACGCCGGCGGCUGAGCCAGCGCACCUCACUCCCCACCAUCUAUGAGAGCCUGGACCUCGAGCCUGAGGGUAGUGAGGCCAGGGCCACCUCUGCUGCCUCCACCUGGGGCUCUGCAGCUGCCGAGCCAGGGUCGGAGCCCCAGGCCUGCUGCACGAGGUGACCUGCCACCACCCUGGCUGCUGCUACCUGACUGCCAGUGGCACAUGGGAUGGGGGAUGAUGGAGGCCUUCUAGGUCCCCAGAAAUCCAGUGUAAAUACUCAGCCUGGGAUUAAGGGGAUGGAAGGAGAAUGGGUUCACUAGAGGUUAGAUGGUCAGCCCAGGAUGGAGUCUCAGACUUCCCUCAGCAGGAGGGCCCAGAACCUGCUGUGCCGAUCCCACAGUAAACAGUGAUGUCCCCCUCUGCCUCAGCCUUUCUGCACCAUGGACCUCAGGGCCACUGAGCGCCAGCUUGCUUCUGGGGUGGGGAAAGGGGUGGCCAAAGACUCAGGGACACUGCACACCUGAAAGGGAGGGACCAAGCUCUCACUGACUUACCCCAGGUAUUACUCCCUGAGAAGACACCAAGGUGUAAGGGUCAGGUCCAUCUGUGGGCUGGGGAGUUAGGGGAGGCCUCCAGGGACCUCGCCUUCACAUUUGGGUGGGGCUUGGAGAAGAGCAGUUGGGAGGGCACAGAGGGGCAAAGCUCAGAAUGGAGCCCCACAGCAAUCUUGGGCCUGAGCCCAGGAUGCUGACCUCCCCACCAGGGAGGGCCCCUUGGGCUGAGGACAAGACUGUGCUGACAGGAGGCAAGGUUCAUCUCCCACAGAUGGACAAGUGCUGCCCACCACCCCUAGGACCCACCGCCCCCCCCCCCCCCCAGGCUCCCUGUACUGAGUCAGUGGGGAAUUCCAUGGGGUUAGGAGAUACCUUAGACCAGAGACAAAGGGCUUGUGUGUUCCCUCCAGGCCCUGGAGGCCCGUGUGCACAGUCCUCCCCUCUGGGGGACUCCAAGAAAGCAUGCAGGACGUGGGGGUGGGUACAUCCAGCAGCAGGGGACUUGGGGUGGAGCAUUCCGAGGGCUUCCCAGGGGUAGUCUGCUCCCAGAAAGGGGCUAUCUUCCCUCCCCACAAGCACCAUCAGGGCAGGCUCUGGAUCAGAAGCCUAAAGCCAUGGUCAGCCUCACAGCCUUGUACGGAGAGCUGAGUACAGCCCAACUAGGAGUUGGACAGGGCAAAGACAAGGAAGGAAUUUGAACAUGUCUGGGGGGGAAACUGAGGCCCAGAGUGGGGAAGACAGCAGCCUAAGUCUCCCAUACAGAGCCAGGUCAGGUCUGGGGCAGUGGGGAUCCUCACAGAUGAGGAGAGACCUGGAGGCAAAGAAAAGCCCUCUGGGCCAAAGAGAAGGUAGGACUCUCCCGGGCCCACCAGCUAACCCUCCUCCGCAGUGGGGCCCACAGGGGACCAUGAGUCAGCACGGAUUCCAGGCUGGCUAGAUAUGCAACAGCCCCUUGAGUGAGAAAGGAGAUGACCAAGAAGGGUGAAGACAGGGAGGUGCUGAGUUCCAGGACCAGGAAGGAGGUGGGGAGGAAAAGGAGCUCCCUCUCUACCGCUGCCUGCCCACCCCAAGGGCAGGCCCCUGCCAGUCUGGCUGCUUUUGGAGAAACCUUUAUCCGGAGGUGGUGGGAAGGGUGUGGAGAACACCAGGUUCAGCCCAGCUCUGCUCCUGACUUACUGUUGGGACCUGGCCAGGGCCUCCUCUCUCCCUGCCUUGGGUAAAUAGGACUGCCUGUCCAUAGUACCUUCCAGCUCUCAACCCUCCAGCCUGGGGUCCUGACCCUGUCAGUCCUCCUUGUUUUAAAGACACGGGCUUGCCCAUUGUGCUCUUACUCUGGAACAGGGGGCUCAGGCUCCCUAGAGCAAGGCAAAGUGGGGUGGGAGAUGAAAGGGGCCAGCUUGGAAAAGGAUAGGGAAGCCAGCCUUGCACUGGGCAGGCUUGUAAGUCUGUCACAGGCAGGCAGCAGUGUUCUCCUGUGACUCCUUGCUGGAGAAAUGCCAAGCUCUCUGGCCCUCCUGCCCUCCUGCCCCCCUCACUCCCUGCCCACCACUGGCCCAAAUCCAGCCCACAAACCUUGAACGUUGCCGCUGGGAGAGACUCCUACCGGGAUGGUGUGAGGACCUGAGCCGGGUGUCACUAGGCGAGCUCUGGGAGAAUUCAGGCAGCGGCAGCUGGUCUCAAUCUCCCCGCCUCUCAGACGGAGGCACGCAAUGCAAUAGCUGAGCUAGAGCACAAAACAGCUCAAGAGAAGAGGGUUGGCUUUGUUGCCAGGCAGGUGUCCACAACCCCUUCACGUGCCCUCAUGUCAGGGCCUCACGGCCACCAGUGAGGCUACUCUACAGGCAGGUACACUCCAAGAGGAGGGGGCUUGUGCCUCUCAAAGCUUGGUGGGCAGAGAGGACAUGCCAGGCGGGCUCCAGCCCGAGUUCCGGACCCAAGAGGAAGCAGGUAGGCCUUGCCCAGCCCCAGUCUUGGAGGCAGACAGACUCAGCCUGGUUCUGGCUCUGUCACCCACUGGUGGUAUCCUCUCAGGGUCCGUUCCUUCAUCUUGGGAACCAGGUAUAUCAAGUCUCCCCUUGCCCUGUCGGAGAGAGCAUGAUAUAAGGUUUGGAAAGUGCCUGCUACGUGGGGGGCACAGGGCAGGCACUCUUCAGCGUCAGUGGGGCCUCCACCCAGGGCUCUCAGAAUGGAAAUGGCAGGAGCCCAAACCUUUGGGACUAAAGCCAAAGCCAUGCAUUUAUUUGGAGGGCACUUCUGUAGCCUUUCUGUUGGCAAAGUAUUGUUCUGAUGGCUUUAUGUUUCGUUAAUGCUCUUCAUACUUAUGAGUGAGUAAACUGAUACAGGGACAGGUUAAGUGAUCUGUCCAAAGUCAAAGAGCUAGAAACCGGAGGAGCCGGGAUGUGAGGGGGAGGCCCACAUUGUCUGUGAUGCUACCCCCUGCCUGAUGCUGCCUAUCCCACAGCCAGCCUGGGGGCUGAGGAUUCACUGGAACUCUUGAGCAAGCCUCUGCCAAAGACACCAUUCGAUACAGGAGACCAUCACAGUGCUCUGAUGGCAGACGUCCUGCUGCGGGAGGGACCCUCAGCCACAUUGCCCCUAAAGCAGGACCAAUCAGGACCUCCCUGGGCCUGUUGCCUCGUAUACAAAAUUGAGGAGUGGGGAUGGGAACAGUGAGGAUCCAGGCUUUGCCCUCUUCCAGGAUUGAAAGGGACAAAUGGGGAGUGGGUUCAGAAGUACUCAUCAGACCAAGUGAAGCCCAGCCUCAUACUCAGGGGUGCGGGAUCCAUGCCCACAUCAGACAGUCUGGGACAACUCCAGCUGCCUUCACCUCUCUGGGCAUCAGCCUCCUCAAACCUAAACCUGCCUUGCCAGGAUGUUAAGAGAAUCAAAAGGAAACAUGUAGAAAAGAUACCUGUGCAGGGCUUGAACUCAAAAACUAUGAGAUCAUGACCUGAGCUGAAAUCAAGAGUUGGACGCUUAACUGACUGAGCCACCAGGCACACCUUCAAUUUUUUUUAAUGUUUAUUUUUGAAAGAGACAGAGUGCAAGUGGGGAAGGGCAGAGAGAGAGGGAAACACAGAACCUGAAGCAGGCUCCAAGCUCUGAGCUGUCAGCACAGAGCCCGACAUAGGGCUCGAACUCACGGACCACGAGAUCAGGACCUGAGCUGAAGUCGGACGUCCAACUGACUGAGCCACCCAGGCGCCCCUUAAUUUUUAAAAAUUGUAUCAUUUUUGGAGCACCUGGGUGGCUCAGUCGGUUAAGUGUCCGGCUCUUGAUGUCAGCUCAGGUCAUGAUCUCAUUGUUUGUGAGUUCAAGCCCUGCAUCGGGCAAGGCACUAACAGUGAGGAGCUUGCUUGGGAUUCUCUCUUUCCCUCUCUCCCUGCCCCUUCCCCACUCUCCCUCUCUCAAAAUGAAUAAACUUUAAAAAAAUUAAAAAAUAAAAAAUAAAUUGUAUCAUUUUUAAAAAUAAUUCUUCAUUGUAGUACCAUUGAAAUAUAAUAGACAUAACAAAUGUUACAAUUUAAAGUGUACACUAUAGUAUAUUUUGACUUCAUGAAACCACCACCACAAUCAAGACAGUAAAGAUAUCUGUCAUUUCCAAAAGUUUCCUUGCCCCUUGGUAAUGUAUCCCUCCUGCCCCUCCUUGUCCACCCCCUUCCCUAAGCAGGGGGGGCCUUGACCUGCUUGCUGUCCUUUCACAUUAGUUUGCAUUUUCUAGAGUUUUUUUUUUUUAAGUUUAUGUAUUCUUUUAGUAAUCUCUACACCCAACAUGGGGCUCGAACUCAUGACCGUGAGAUUAAAAGUCGACUACCUUUCCAACUGAGCCAGGUACCCCUACAGUUUUAGAUAUAUGGAAGAAUAUGGGGUGUAUUCUUUUUUAUAUGACUUCUUUCACUCAGCAUAAUUAUUUUGAGACUUCCAUGAUGUUGCCUACAUCAGUUCCUCUUAAUUGUUGAGUAGUAUUUUACUGGAUGCACAUACCACCAUUCAUUCCCCUGUCGAUGGAUAUUUGGGCUUCCAGUUUUUAGCUCUAACAAAUGAAGCUGCUAUGAAUAUUCAUGUACAAGGUUUUGCAUGAACAUAUAUUUCCUUUUCUCUUGUGUAGUGGUAUCUCAGUGUGGUUUUCUUUUCUUGUAAUAUGAUUGCCUGCCUGGCUUUCCUUAUUAGGGUAAUGUUGGUACCCUGCUCAUAGAAUGAGUUGAGAAACUAUUCCCUUCUCUACUUUUUUAGGAAGAGUUUGUGGAGAAUUGAUAUUAUUUCUUUCUUACAUAUUUGGUAGAAUUCCUCAGUGAAGGGACAUGGGCCUGAGGUUUUUUUGUAGAAGGUUUCCAGUUACAAUACCAGUUUCCUUAACCGAAAUAGGACUAUUCAAAUUAGUUACAUCUUGAGUAAGCAUUAGUAUGUUGGGUCUUUUAAGGAAUUUGUCCAUUUCAUCCAAGUUGUUAAAUUUGUUGGCAUAAAACUGUUCAUAAUAUUUCCUUUCAGUAUCUGUGGAAUCUGCAGUAGUCACCUCUCUCAUUCCUGAGAUUGGUAAAUGUUUAUUUUUGAGAGACAGAGAGAGACAGAGCACAAGCAGGGGAGGGGGGCAGAGAGAGAGGCACAGAAUCUGAAGCAGGCUCCAGGCUCUGAGCUGUCAGCACAGGGCCCGAUGCAGGACUCGAACUCAGGAACCACGAGAUCAUGACCUGAGCUGAAGUCAGACGCUUAACCGACUGAGCCACCCAGGCACCCCCAUGUCUUUUUGUUGUUAUUGUUUUUCUUUCCUAAUCAGUCUGGCUACAGGUUUAUCAAUUUUAUUGAUCUUGUUAAAGAAUCAUCUUUUGGUUACAUUGAUUUUUCUCUAUGGUUUUUUUCUGUUUUCUAUUUCACUGACAUCCAUUUUGAUCUUUAUUUCCUUUCUUAUGCUUCCUUUAGAUUUUAUUGGCUUUUCUUUUUCUAGAUUCUUAAAUGAAUCUUCUUGUCUGGUGUUAAUAUAGCUAAGAUAAUUGAUCUGAGACCUUUUUAAAAAAUGUUUUAUUUAUUUAUUUUUCUGAGAGAGAGAGAGAGAGAGAGAGCAAGUGGAGAGGGGCAUAGAGAGGGGACAGAAGAUCCAAAGCAGGCUCUGCAUGACAGCAGCAAGCCCGAUAUGGGCUUGAACCCUUGAACCAUGAGAUUGUGACCCAAACUGAAAUCGGACAUUCAACCGAGGCACCCAGAUGCCCUCUUUUUUUCUAAUACAGAUGUUUAAUGCUAUAAAUCACACCCCUCCCCCUGCCAUCAAAUUCUGUUUUUGUGGCAUCCCACAAUUUCUGAUAUGUUCAGUGUUUCCAUUUAAAAGUCAGUUCAAAAUACUAAUUUCUCUUUUGGUUUCUUCUUUGAUCCAUGGUUGUGUGUUAUUUUGUUUUCAAAUAUUUAGAGAUUUUUCCAAGGAUCUUUCUGUUAAUGAUUUCUAACUUAAUUUCGUUGUGGUCAGACAAUGUAGUUAGCAUGGUUUUGAAGCCUUUGGAAUUCUGGUAAAUGUUCUGUGUGCACUUGAGAAGAAUGCGCACUUGAGAAUUCUGCUUUUGUUGGGUGGUUCUAUUAAGUGUUAAUCAGUGGGUGAUUAACCCAACAGUGGUGUUGGGUGGCUCAGUGGGUUAAGCAUCCGACUCUUGAUAUUGGCUGGGGUCAUGGUCUUGCAGUCGUGGGAUUGAGCCCCAAAUCAGGCUCUGAGCUGAGUGUGGGAUUCUCUCUCCCUCUCUCUCGCCCCUCCCUCAUUCAUACUCUCUCCUCAAAAUAAAUAAAAGAAACAUUUAAAAAAUUAAAAAAUAAACAUUAAUCAAAAUCAAGUUUACUAUAUCCUUGCUGGUUUUCUGUCUACUUCAGCUAUCAACUAUUGAGAGGGGAAUUGAAACCCCUGACUGUAAUUGUAUAUGUCUAUUUCUUGUUGAACUUUUUGCAUCAUGUAUUUUGAAGCUUUAUUAGGUGCAUAAAUGUUUAAGAUUAUUAUGGUUCCUUGACUAACUGACCUUAUUAUCAUUGUGAAAUAACCAUUAUCCCCCAUAUUUCUUGCUUUGAAACCGAUUUGUCUAAUAUUAAUAUAGAUAUAGCUACUCCAGCUUUCCUUUGAUUAGUUAUUAGAAAGGGUAUUAUCUUUUCCCAUCCUUUUACUUUUAACCAUUUGUGUCUUUAUAUUUAAAGUGUGUUUCAAAAAUAAUAAUAAAGUGUGUUUCUUACAGGUA